UUCCCGAGUACUACACCUCCCAAGCACGACACGUCUCGAGUGCUACACAUCUCGAGUGCUAUACCUCCCGAGUGCUACACCCCUCGAGCACUACAGUUCCCGAGUACUACGCCUCCCGAGUGCUACACCCCUCGAGCACUACAGUUCCCGAGUGCUAUACAUCCCGAGUGCUACACCUCUCGAGCACUACAGUUCCCGAGUACUACACGUCCCGAGUACUACACAUCUCGAGCACUACACGCCUCCAGUGCUAUCAAU